GAGCGCGCGGCGCGGGAGGCCGCCCCACUGCGGAACGCGGCGGGUGCCCCUGGCCGGGAGCGCGCCGGCCGCGCUGGGGCGGCCGCGGACAUGUGCAAGAUGUCCUUCAAGAAGGAAACUCCACUUGCCAAUGCCGCAUUCUGGGCAGCAAGGAGAGGAAACCUGGCUCUGCUCAGGCUGUUGUUGAACAGCGGUCGGGUGGAUGUGGACUGCAGGGACAGUGUACGGAUGGAUUCAUUCGCAUGGCACCACGCUUCUCAUGGUCGCUUCCUAUGCCGGUCACAUAGACUGUGUGAGGGAACUGGUUCUGCAAGGAGCAGACAUCAAUCUCCAGAGAGAGUCAGGUCCAACUGCCCUGUUCUUUGCUGCCCAGCAAGGACAUAAUGACGUCGUCAGAUUUCUCUUUGAAUUUGGAGCAUCCACUGAAUUUAGGACCAAAGAUGGGGGCACAGCCCUCUUGGCUGCCAGUCAGUAUGGGCAUAUGCAGGUUGUGGAGACCCUUCUGAAACAUGGAGCCAAUAUCCACGACCAGCUUUAUGACGGAGCCACUGCACUCUUCCUAGCUGCCCAAGGUGGUUAUUUGGAUGUUAUUCGAUUAUUGUUGUCUUCAGGAGCAAAAGUCAACCAGCCAAGGCAGGACGGGACGGCGCCGCUGUGGAUCGCGUCGCAGAUGGGCCACAGCGAGGUGGUGAGGGUGAUGCUGCUGCGCGGAGCGGACCGGGACGCAGCCCGCAACGACGGUACAACAGCUUUACUAAAAGCAGCCAACAAAGGGUAUAAUGAUGUUAUAGAGGAGUUGCUGAAGUUCUCACCCACCCUUGGCAUUUUGAAGAAUGGGACAUCAGCCCUCCACGCAGCAGUGCUCAGUGGGAAUAUUAAAACAGUCGCGCUGCUCCUGGAAGCAGGGGCGGACCCAGCCCUGAGAAACAAGGCCAAUGAACUUCCAGCAGAACUAACCAAAAAUGAACGGAUCCUACGUCUCCUCCGAAGUAAAGAAGGACCCAGAGAGAGCUAACUUAGUUCCAUAUUCGGCUGAAAGAUAGAAACCCUAACCACAUUGUCCAAAAAGAAAUUGCUUUACAAAUAGUGUUGGAAAUUCCUUUAAGAAAGGAAAUGCUCAGAACUCCCAACCUGAGUCCCUGACCAGGGAGGAGCUGGGCUACAUGGCCCGAGGCAAGAACAGAAAGGCUCGGGACCCCUUGCCCUCACUACCCUGAGUUUCUUACGCUGGCCUGUGGUUUCUUACGCUGGCCUGUGACUCCACUGCUAUGGGGCCUUGGCAGGUUGUGGAGUCCACAGAAACUCAUCUUAAACUCCACUAAAUUGGGUCUCUCAGUUAAACUCUAAGAGUUAACCCCUCGAAGAGGUUAAAGCAAGAUGACAAAAGCCUUUAAAAGACUGAAAGGCUGCUCUUCAGUGAAUCAAAGCACUUCUGCUUUUGCAUUACAUGUCAGUGUGCUAAGAGAUAUAGCUCCCUCAUAUUUUACAUGUAGAUGUAUGUCAUCCUAGCAUAAAGUGUUUUCUUCUACCCAGAGAUCGUAAGCGUGUUUAUUCUGAAUUGAUGCAUAAAUUGACAUUAGAGAGAUACUUCUGACAUUCCACCAUAUUAUUUUUUCAAAGAUAGACUGUUGAAGUAUAAAAAAGACAAAUUGUUUAUUUGCGAGGUAAUCCUAUCUUAUUCUGAACAGGUAAAAAAAAAAAAAGAAAAAUCAUUUUUACCUAGAAUCAAUAUUGUAGGUCUACAAUAGGAUACAAGUGGCAAAUUUGGAAACUCAGAAAAUUACAAACCACAAGAAAUUUAGGCUUGUCUCUUGAAACUUUUAUUUUGGUUCUAUUGUUGGGAAUCUGCUUCCCAUGCCAUAACUAAAUAGACAUAAUAGUCUGUGCAACCCUGAGCUUCCAGCACCAGUUGCUGUCAUAGUGAUUUUGAGGUCCUUGGGUGAAAUGUGACAUCUGCAAGUACAAUAUGUUGCUAUUUCAUUGCAGGAGUAUAAAUAAUAAAGACUGUUAUUCGUAUUUAACAAGUGUUCAUCUAUGCAUGUUCUUGAGCUGACUGACUCCAAGAAAGAAACCUGAGUUUUAUUGAAUUAUUCCUUGGAGGGGAGUCAAAAUUUAUGUUCAAUGCACUUUAUACUCAAUGGUGUCUAAAUGCCUCAGUCAGUGCCUAAUUGCACACACAAAAAUUAGACGAUCUUUCUAAUUUACCAUAAUAAAUGCUGGUGGCAUUUCUGUUAUUUAAAUACAUCUUUGGUUUUCUUUUCACGUUUUGUUCUGUUUUCCAGCUAAUGUUCUAUGUAAAGACAUGUUUACAUGUCUAUGUUAAUGUUCUAUGUUAAUGUUCUAUGUUAAGAUGGAAGGAAAUGCAAUCCCCAAAGUUUUUUUCUAACCAACUUGCAGUAGUGCUAGAAGCAGUAUCUUGAAGUCAAUAAAUGAUGGAAUAUAAUUUUUGAAAUUAGAAGAUAGUCUCUUAAAGUUUUUUAUGAUCAAUAAAAUAAUCAACAAAAAUCAGCUUAUUUUAAUCAAUAUCACAAACCAAGGGAGUAAUGAGCAACCCACAGAGCUGCCAGAGAUGUCUACAGCCUGACUAGCUAUGCAACAAGUCUGCAAUCUCAUUUCAGGAUAAAAUUUAGAAAGCUCAAAAAAAAAAAAAAAAAUUUUUUAGAAAGCUCUGGGGCACCUGGGUGGCUCAGGUCAUGAUCUUGGGGUCCUGGGAUCAAGUCCCACAUUACAUCGGACUCUGUUCAGCAGAGAGUCUGCUUCUCCCUCACUCUUCCUCUCUCUCCUCUCUCUCCAAUAUUUUUUUUUAAAACUUAGAAAGUUCUGUCUAUAUCACUAAAACCCCUGGAUAUAAACUUUUAGUAGCUAAAAAGCAGUGCCGGUUUCCUCACUGACUUUCUUUUACUUAGCAAAGUAGUACAAAUACACUUUCCCCCGUGGAAAUUUCAUAAAGCUGUGUUCAUUUUGAAGAGGAAAGUAGUGUGGCCUUAAAUGCUUUGUGUUUUCCCCCCUUUGUUAGCCCUUAGGCCAAAACUGAAUGCUCAUCACUGAUAUAAAUCAAAACAGCAUUAUGGACACUGAUAACAGAGUUCCAAAAGAUAAAAUGGGAUGAAAUCACAAACAUAAUGUUUUCGGUAAGAUAUGUUGGCCUUGGCCUAUUGUUUUAAGUAGUUAAUGUUCUUGAUCAAUAUUAGGGCCAUAAAAAUGAAUCCAGUAGCUUUAACAAUACUUAAUAUAGGCUUCCCUGCUAUAGGUAAGAGGUCUCUAGCUUAGAACGAUCACAUUUGAUCUAGAUGAGCUUAUGACAUUAUCCAUAGUAGGAAAGAUGAAUAUGUUAACCACUCACCAAAGAAUAAACAAAAAGUCUGUUAUUUGAAAUAAAAUUGCAUUUGUUUUGCACACAGGUGGAUGGUUUUUAUUUUUUAUGAUACUUAUUUUAUGUUAAUCUAAUUCAAAUUCAGUGAGCUCUGCAUCCUAAGAACUAGCAAUUCCUAUGCAAAUCAUUUGUUAAUUGAACUAUAAAAGUUUUCAUUACAUCCAUUUGUUUGAUGAUAUAUUCCAUGAUAUAAUUCAAAAUAAAGUUAAUGUACUACCCAA